AUGGUAACAUCUCCACUUCAGAAGAUGUCUAAAACCCUCAAGUUCAAUCCCUUUAAGAAGCAUUUCCUAAUAAUGUUCACCAUGCUUCUUUCUCUCCCCUUCAAUGUUCAAUCUCAAGACAGAGAAGAGGAAGAACAGAACCUGCCACAACCCCCUCAAACCGUUCAUCCAAGCAAGGGAAUCGUGAUAGCAGUGCUCGCCGCCAUGUUUGCCAUUACAACUAUCUUACUUUUAUAUGUGAAGUUCUGUCGAGUCAACGGCCGCCAACUUCUUACCCGAAACUCAAAUCUCCAAAACUAUCAGGGCCGAUCUCGAUCAAGUUCAAGAGUUUCUGGUAUUGACAAAGAAGUGGUAAAAACCCUCCCUUUCUUCACGUUUUCAUCCCUGAAGGGGUUCAAAGAUGGCCUAGAAUGCACUGUUUGUCUCUCCAAAUUUGAGGACUCAGAGACUUUAAGACUGCUUCCCAAGUGCAAGCACGCUUUCCACAUGAAUUGCAUUGACAAGUGGUUUGAAAGCCACUCCACAUGCCCUCUCUGUAGACGCAGGGUUGAAGCAGGGGACAUAAAGAACCUCAACUACUCCCUAAGCUCAAGGUUCCUCCGAGUUCCUUCAAAUCUCACGGAGGAUCUAAACCUUGAAAUCUUCCUUCAGAGAGAGCCUUCUCAUAGAGGGUCAUCGAGAAGAGGCUUUAAUGACGCGGGGAACUGCAAGAAACAAGAACUGUUUAUCGGUGAUGGCAGUGCCGGUGGUGGUGCCACAAAGUGGGACACAGAUGUUCGUGUGACAAACCUUAAAAUAGUUAUCUCUGACGUUUUCACGAGGAGCAGGUGGAGUGAUCUUAACUCUUCGGACCUGUUGUCGUUGAACAGCGAGAUGCUUAAUGAUGUCAGCAGCAGGAGAUUAUGUUCCAGUUCUUGGGAAUCCACCGAAGACAGCGGAAAGGUUGACGGAACUUGGCGUUUUAAGGAGGAAGAAAAGUGGUUUACGGAAGUGAAUCCUGGUGAGAAGAGGUGCAUGUCUGAGAUUGCCAAUGUUCCGAGGUUUGCAGAAAUGGGGAAGGAGAAUAGGAUCGGAGAAAGUGUUUGGUUGCCAAUCGCACGAAGAACUAUCCAAUGGAUUGCAAAACAAGAAAGGAAUCCGGGUGAAUUAGCCUCAAAUGUUUGA